AUAAAGAGUGCUAUUUAGCUGGAAAGAAAUUCCAUUUGAGGCCACAAAAAAAUAAUAACCAAAAGGUUUCUUGGCUUAAUUGUGUUACGGAAACCUACUUUUAUAUUCUAGCUGCUGUGACAUCAAUUUACAAGAAAUAUAAUUGUAUUUGUGAGGCACAAAAGCCAUGAUAAAUCAAGGCCCUCCACCGCCAGGAGCCGGCUACAGAAAUCAACCAUUCGAUGUUAGUCUUAAAGGAGGACAACCUCAGCAAAUGAGACCGCCGGGAUCUUUUCCACAACAACAACAAAAUCCCGCAAAUAAUAUGACAAAUGGACAAAUGAACGGUGGAUUUCCUUCUCAAUUUCCUCCACAGCAAAUGCAACAAAAGGGUAAUCCCAUGCAACAUCCUCCAACUUCUCAAUAUCAGCAGCGCCCUGGUAUGCCUCCCCAACAACCACCUACAUCACAAAACCAACAAAUGCAACGACCAGGAAUGCCACCCACAUCACAAUUCCAACAACCACUAAGACCAGGAAUGCCACCACAAAAUCAACCAGGUAUGCAACAACCCCCAACAUCACAAUUCCAACAGCAUCGGCCUGGAAUGCCACCACAACAAACAGGAAUGCCACCAACAUCCCAGUCGCAACAACGACCAGCUAUGACACCAGUGUCACAACCACAACAACGACCUGGAAUGCCACCAGUUUCACAACCACAACAACAACCAUUGAUGCCCCCAAUGAUGCAAUCACAGCAUCGACCUGGAAUGCCUCCAGUCUCACAACAGCAACGUCCAGGUAUGCCACCACAGCCUUCAWUGUCUAUGCAACAACAACGACCUGGUAUGCCUCAACAACAACAUCCAGGAAUGCCUCCACAACAACCUCCAACAUCACAACCUUACCAGUAUGGAACAAGGCCGCCCAUCUCACAGCAACCUCCAACAAGUCAGAUGCAAAAUCUAAGUAUGAACGCUCCUCCAUCAUCACAACCACCAAUGGGAUGGCYAGGACCUCAUGGUCGACCACCAAUGCCAGGACAGACAUCUAAUCCAGGACAGCCAACAUACCCUCAGAUGUCAACAGCAAACAGUUUGUCUGGUCCUCCAACAACAGGCCURUCAAUGAACCCACCAUCCUCUAUGGGAGGUAUGAUGCCUGGUAUGCAACAGCCUGGUAUGAUGCCACCAUCAUUUCCUGGAGCUCCACAGUCUGGUUACCCAGGUACUGGACCGACUAUGUCUGGACCAAGACCACCCAUGGGAGGCAUGUCAGGGCCUGGUGCCAUGCAACAGCAAAAGAGAAUUGAUCCUGAUCAAAUGCCUAGCCCUAUACAAGUGAUGAAAGAUGACCAGGAAACUCAUAAAGAGGGUCCAUUCCUCACCAAUACUAGRGGGAGAAUUCCUCCUCUUGUCACCAGCAAGUGUAUCAUUAAAGAUGAUGGUAACUGCAGUCCAAGAUUCAUAAGAAGUACAAUGUACAAUGUGCCAUGUAAUAAGGACAUAUUGCAAGCAAGUGAUAUUCCUUUUGCUUUGGCUAUCACUCCCUUUGCUGAAAUACCUCCUAGUGAGGGUUAUUUGCCAAUUGUAAACCAUGGUCCAUCAGGUCCAGUGCGCUGUAACCGUUGCAAAGCUUAUAUCAACCCUUUUGUACAGUUUAUUGAUGGAGGGAGAAGAUUUGUUUGUAAUAUUUGUACAUAUUCUACAGAAGUCCCAGCAGAAUAUUUCUGUCACCUUGACCAUCAAGGGCUUCGGGUUGACAUAUGUGAAAGACCAGAGCUUCACCUUGGCUCAUAUGAAUUUGUUGCAACAACAGACUAUUGCAAGGUACUGUGGGUAACAUAG